AUUGUUCGAGCCAGCCUUGAGGGCACGCGUGCGCAGUGGGCAGCGGAGGAGCGCGGGGCCGAGACCCUCGGCGAAGCCCCCUUCCAUUGUCUGGGCCCGGCGCCUGCGCACUGGGCACCGCUGGGCCCGGGCAGGCGGAGGGAGCGGGCCUGGCUCCUCGCCCUUUCCCCGGCGCCUGCGCACUGCGCGGCCGCUCGCUGCCGUUACCGCUAUGUGUGGGGCGUGUGUGGAAUAACGUUAUUGCCCAGCGGAGCCACAGGCCCCGGAGCCCGGCCGCGGCGAUAGCGGCGACGCCGCCGACGACGCCGGGGUGGGCGGAGGACGGCGCGCCAGCGACUCACGGGACGCGACGCGCCCCGCCUCCCCGUCCGGUCCCUCUCCACGGCGAGGGGAUGACGUAGCUUUGCCAAGGACUCAAGACACUAAGCAGAAAAUGAGCUUAACAUCCUGGUUUUUGGUGAGCAGUGGAGGCACUCGCCACAGGCUGCCUCGGGAAAUGAUUUUUGUUGGGAGAGAUGACUGCGAGCUCAUGCUGCAGUCUCGCAGUGUGGAUAAGCAACAUGCCGUAAUCAAUUAUGAUACCGCUGCAGAUGAACAUUUGGUGAAAGAUUUAGGCAGCCUGAAUGGGACUUUUGUGAAUGAUGUAAGGAUUCCAGAACAGACUUAUAUCACUUUGAAGCUUGAAGAUAAGCUGAGAUUUGGAUAUGAUACAAAUCUUUUCACUGUAGUUCGAGGAGAGCUGAGGGUCCCUGAGGAAGCUCUUAAGCAUGAGAAGUUUACUAUUCAGCUUCAAUUGUCUCAGAAAUCUUCAGAAUCAGAAUUGUCAAAAUCUGCAAGUGCCAAAAGUGUGGAUGCAAAGGUUGCAGAUGCUGCUUCAGAAGUGCCACACAAAGCCACAGAGGCCUUGAAGGCUGAGGAGAAAUCCACAGAUGUUUCUGCUGUGCCCCGUGGGACUCCAUUAUAUGGGCAGCCAUCUUGGUGGGGUGAUGAUGAAGUGGAUGAACAGAGAGCUUUCAAGUCGAGUGGCAAGUCUGAAGAGAAAAGUCAUGAAACCGGACCAUCAGGAUGCAGCGUAAAUGCCAAGCAAGUUGAGGAGCAGUCUGCAGCUGCAAAUGAAGAAGCACUUUUUCCUUUCUGUAGGGAACCAAGUUACUUUGAAAUCCCUACAAAAGAAUUCCAGCAGCCAUCACAAAUUACAGAGAGCACUAUUCAUGAGAUCCCAACAAAAGACACACCAAGUUCCCAUACAACAGGUGCAGGGCAUGCUUCAUUUACCAUUGAAUUUGAUGACAGUACCCCAGGAAAGGUAACUAUUAGAGACCAUGUGACAAAAUUUACUUCUGAUCAGCGCCACAAGUCGAAGAAGUCUUCUCCUGGGACUCAAGACUUGCCGGGAAUUCAAACUGGAAUGAUGGCACCAGAAAACAAAGUAGCUGACUGGCUAGCACAAAACAACCCUCCUCAAAUGGUAUGGGAAAGAACAGAAGAGGAUUCUAAAAGUAUUAAAAGUGAUGUUCCAGUAUACUUGAAAAGGUUGAAAGGAAAUAAACAUGAUGAUGGUACACAGAGUGAUUCAGAGAACGCUGGGGCACACAGGCGCGGUGGCAAGCGUGCUGCUCUCGAGGAACACGUAAGACGCCACCACUCUGAGCAGAAGAAGCUGCAGAAGGUCCAGGCUGCUGAAAGACAUCAAGAUCAACCUGCUACUAGCUCUGCGCAUCACAGAGGGGGGCAUGGUGUUCCACAUGGGAAAUUGUUAAAACAGAAAUCAGAGGAGCCGUCGGUGUCAAUACCCUUCCUACAAACUGCAUUAUUAAGAAGUUCAGGGAGUCUUGGGCACAGACCAAGCCAGGAGAUGGAUAAAAUGUUAAAAAAUCAAGCUACUUCUGCCACUUCAGAAAAGGAUAAUGAUGAUGACCAAAGUGACAAGGGUACUUAUACCAUUGAGUUAGAGAAUCCCAACAGUGAGGAAGUGGAAGCAAGAAAAAUGAUUGACAAGGUAUUUGGAGUAGAUGACAAUCAGGAUUAUAAUAGGCCCAUUAUCAAUGAAAAACAUAAAGAUCUGAUAAAAGAUUGGGCUCUCAGCUCUGCUUCAGUAGUAAUGGAAGAAAGAAAGCCACUUAGCACACCUGGAUUUCACAGCUCUGAGGAAGGCACAUCAUCUGGAAGCAAGCGCUGGGUUUCACAGUGGGCUAGUCUGGCUGCCAAUCAUACAAGGCAUGAUCAAGAAGACAGAAUAACUGAAUUAUCUGCAUCUCUUCCUUUAGAAAAGGAGACAGAUACUGGUGAAUCAGGCAUGUCACUGCGAAAUACUAGCUCUACAGCUUCUUUGAUUAGUCAGGGAGAAAGGAGGAGACGAACUCUUCCCCAGCUUCCAAAUGAAGAAAAGGCUGUUGAGAGUGCCAGAACAAAGAUGAUGACACAGAGGUCAGAGAUAGGAGAGAAGCAAGACACAGAGCUGCAGGAGAAAGAGACGCCUACACAGAUGCACCGGAAAGACAAACAAGAUGCUGAUAGAACCCUGAACAAAAUGAACCGGACGGUCAAUGGUGAAAUUCUUCAAAGUGGUGGUGGAGAAAAUAAGACCUUGCUUCAUCUAGGGAGCUCUCCCGGGAAGGAGAAGAAUGAACGUGAUUCAGAAGCUUCUUUGGUAAAGCAAACGUUAGCUAAAAUCCAGCAACAACAGGAACAGAAGGAGCAGAUCCAGUGGACACCUACUAAGCUGUCUCCAAAAAAUGUUUCAGGCCCAAUAGAUAACUGUAGGGAGGAAACUUCUAAACAAGAGUCCCAGCCUCCAGAAAGAAUUCCAGGGCUUUCUACAAGCAAAGGAGAAAGGAUAAUACAAAAUGAGAGCAAGAGAAAAAAGGCUGAGGAAAUCCUGAAAAGUCAGACUUCGAAGGGAGGAGACAGGAAAGAAUCUUCCAAGUCUUUAGUGCGACAAGGGAGCUUCACUAUAGAAAAACCUAGCCCAAACAUCCCCAUAGAACUCAUUCCUCAUAUCAACAAGCAGACGUCAUCCACCGCCCCCUCCUUAGCAUUAACAUCUGCAAGCAGACUGCGAGACAGAAGCGACUCUGCGGAGACCGAUUCUAGUAUGGACACAACUCUUAUUCUGAAAGACACAGAAGCAGUGAUGGCUUUUCUAGAAGCUAAAUUACGUGAGGAUAGUAAAACUGAUGAAGGCCCAGAUACUCCCAGUUACAACAGAGACAAUUCCAUCUCCCCAGAGUCCGAUGUGGAUACAGCCAGUACAAUAAGUCUGGUCACUGGAGAGACGGAAAGAAAGUCCACCCAAAAGCGGAAAAGCUUCACCAGCCUAUACAAAGAUAGGUGUUCCACGAGUUCUCCUUCCAAAGAUGUUACAAAAUCUUCAUCUUCAGGUGUUCGGGAGAAAAUUGAAAAGAAAACAAAAAGUCGUUCCACAGAUAUAGGUUCCAGAGCAGAUGGUCGAAAAUUUGUACAAUCCAGUGGGAGAAUAAGGCAGCCUUCAGUAGAUUUAACAGAUGAUGACCAGACGUCCAGUGUGCCUCACUCUGCUAUCUCUGAUAUUAUGUCAUCUGACCAGGAAACAUACUCUUGCAAAUCUCAUGGAAGGACUCCACUUACCUCCACUGAAGAGCAUAUACAUUCCAAACUGGAUGGAAGCAAGGGAACAAAGUCUAAGACUUCUCCAGUAGCACCCAGUUCAUCUGGUAAACCCACCACUCUUCCGAGGCCUAGACCUACCAGGACUUCCCUCUUGCGCAGGGCACGGCUUGGUGAGGCUUCCGACAGCGAGCUGGCUGAUGCCGACAAGGCAUCUGUCGCUUCUGAAGUAUCCACCACCAGCUCCACAUCCAAACCCCCCACGGGAAGGCGCAGCAGCUCUAGGAUUGACCUGCUGGCUCAGCCCCGCAGGACAAGGCUUGGCUCACUAUCAGCCCGUAGUGACUCUGAAGCAACACUGUCCAGAAGUAGCGCCUCCUCACGCACUGCAGAAGCCAUCAUUAGAAGUGGAGCUAGAUUAGUGCCGUCUGAUAAAUUUUCUCCUAGAAUUAGAGCUAACAGUAUCUCUCGACUAUCAGACUCCAAGAUCAAAAGUAUGACCUCAUCUCAUGGCUCUUCUUCAGUAAAUUCAAGAUGGAGGCGCUUUCCUACUGAUUAUGCUUCCACCUCAGAAGAUGAAUUUGGAUCAAACCGUAAUUCCCCUAAACAUACUCGUCUACGUACUUCUCCAGCCCUGAAAACCACUCGCUUGCAGAGCGCUGGAUCAGCAAUGCCUGCUAGUUCUUCAUUCAAGCACCGAAUUAAAGAACAGGAAGACUACAUCCGUGAUUGGACUGCUCAUCGAGAAGAGAUAGCCAGGAUCAGCCAAGAUCUCGCUCUCAUCGCUCGGGAGAUCAACGACGUGGCGGGGGAGAUCGACUCGGUGACGUCGUCGGGCACGGCCCCCAGCACCACAGUAAGCACUGCUGCCACCACCCCCGGUUCUGCCAUAGACACUAGAGAAGAGGUAGGAGAUCUUCAUGGAGAGAUGCAUAAGUUGGUUGAUCGUGUUUUUGACGAAAGUCUCAACUUCAGAAAAAUCCCUCCAUUAGUUCAUUCUAAAACUCCAGAAGGAAACAAUGGUCGGUGUGGUGAUUCGAGAUCUCAGCCAGUAGAGCCUCCUGAUCACCUCACAAUUACCAGACGGAGAACCUGGAGCAGAGAUGAAGUCAUGGGGGAUAAUCUGCUGCUGUCGUCCGUCUUUCAGUUCUCUAGAAAGAUACGACAGUCUAUAGACAAAACAGCUGGAAAAAUAAGGAUAUUAUUUAAAGACAAAGAUCGGAACUGGGACGAAAUAGAGAACAAGCUGAGAGCUGAGAGUGAGGUCCCCAUUGUAAAAACCUCCAGCAUGGAGAUUUCUUCUAUCUUGCAGGAACUGAAAAGAGUUGAAAAGCAACUACAAGCGAUCAAUGCCAUGAUUGACCCAGAUGGAACUCUGGAGGCCCUUAACAACAUGGGAUUUCCCAAUGCCAUUUUGCCAUCUCCACCAAAACAGAAGUCCAGCCCUGUGAAUCAGCACAGCAGCCCGGGUCAGACUCCGACACUGUGCCAGCCAGAAGCUAGCGCUCUGCCUCCUGCGCGCUCCGGCUCAGCUGAGUUUGACAAUGCCGAAUCUGAGGCUGAUUUCAGUAUACAUUUCAAUAGGUUCAACCCUGAUGGGGAAGAGGAAGACGUUGCAGUGCAGGAACGACUUUCUCUCGAUUAAGAAAUUACUGCCUGUGGAAUUACUAGGAAUGUUGGAGUAGCAUAGCAUUGACCUACAGAACAAGACAGCUUAGUCAACUACAAUCUUGUUAUCCUUGUCUCCUUAAUUUUAUUUAUUUUGUACCUAUAAAAUAAUGUCAGACCAAUCCUCUCAAACCACUCGAAGCACACAUAGCAGCAAGUAGAUUGUGGCAGUUUUGCCUUUUGUGGUUUUGUGAUUUUCAAACUCGGUUAAUAUCAUUGCAGCCUUUCCCCUCAUAGAUCUUUGUGUGUGUGUGUGUGUGUGUGUGUGUGUGUGUGUGUGUGUGUGUGUGUGUUUUCUUUAAGCCAUGCUGUGACCUCCAAGCAAACUAAACAUCCACCAUUUCUGAACCCCAUGUCUCCUGUGCCAACUGCUCCCUGAACGGGCUUCUCUCCACCAGCCAUUGCUGCCUAGCGAUAGGAUUUCUGACCUCACUUGUUGCCCUGUGGCGCGUGGACAUGCAGCUCUGCAGGAAAGCAGACACUGACAGCAGUCAUUCUGUGUCCUGACCAUUUUCAGCCUGGCUGUGAUUUCUAGAACUGUUGCUGUGUAACUUAUAGGGUUACAGAGACUACGGUUUGCUGGGAGUGACAAGUAGACCUGUCUUUAGACCAGUUAGGACUAACUGACCUUUUUUGUACAUAGGAAAUUGACAGAACUUUGUUUUAACCUCAGCGUUUUACUCCACUUUCAAAAAGAUCAAAUUGGCACUUUUUCCAGUUCUUUUUAAUGGAAGAUUUUUGUCUCUCACUUUAAAUAAUUAUCUAGACACAUUAAUCUAGACAAAGUAUAGGUGGAGUAUAUUUUUAAAACCAAGAACAUGUACAUUUGCCCUGUGUUACCAAGUUUAUAGGAGACAGUUAAAAAAAAAAAAGUUCCCCUUGAAAUGAUCAUGAAGGCAAAAUUUUCAUUAGGAAGUUUGGAGAACCAGUAGUCAUAAGAUUAGUUGAUAGUUUCACUCCCAAGCAAUGAAGUCCUCCGUUUCCUCGAGGACCUGGUGGCAGACCCUGUCUUUCGUGCCUCUGAGGGCCCUGCAGGACGUCGGCAAAGGCUUUGGGCACACGCGGUGAAACAGAAGGCCUCGCGGAGAUCUUUUACACUUGGGUUUUUGCUGCUUUUUCUUUUUUCUUCCUCCUAUUUCUCUCCUCUUCUCCCUCCUCUUGCCCCCCCACCCCCACCCCGCUUCUCUCUUGCAAAUUCAUGUUUCAUUUGGAUGAGUUUAAAAGAAAAUAAUAUCUUUAUGUUUCCAGAGCACUAUAAUUUAGGUGAAUCUGAAUUCUUUUCAAUAGUUAGCAAACUGGAUUUACCCCUGACCUCAUCAGUCUAUAAUGGUUAAACUGCAACUUUAUGAAAUGGUCUUUAAUAUUUUAUCAGUACCUUGUGCUACAUUUGUUUGAAGAAACAAAGUAUACUUAAAUCUUCACAGGAUUUUAAGAAAUCCUGUACUUCGGAUCAGUUAAAAAUGCAGAAUCGUUUUGUAGAGAUGUAAAAAAAGUCUGUUGUAUAAUGGAUCUCGUAUUUUUCUUUAAAUUGAAAAAAAAGGUAAAUGAACUGUUCUCCUUGUAAAGCUAAAUUCCCCAUUCUAAUAAAGGAAUACUGAAAAAGGUUUUAAAGAAUUAGAAGAUAAAUGCUUUGAAGGAACAAAUAAAACAUGAAAACAGGGUCAGUCCAUUUCAAGAGAAAGUUAAAUCAUCUUUAUUCCCUCUUACUUAAUCUUUGGGUACUGAUCAUAUCCACAUGGGAGUAGAAGGUAAGGACUUCAGAAAGUAUUAGAAUCUACGUAUAUUACUGUUCGUUUACAGUUUUGUUCAAUUAUAAACAUUUGACCUUUUACUAUGUUGUUUUUAUUUUAUAUAAUACAUUAUUCUCCUUAUUUAUUUUUAUUACAUUUAUUACUUAUGUUAUUUUGUUAUGCAUUUACAACUCCAUUUUUAAAUAAAGUGUUUCUGGAACUUUA